GUGUUUAAAGUCCACCUCACCAGGGAGCACCUAAGCUGAAUGCUCCAGAUAAUCCUCUUUGGCAGCUUCUUCAAAACCACCCAGGCUGGUUGUUGGGCACCUGGGCUUCCCAGCAGACCAGCUGGGGUCUAGGGAAAGGACCCAUCUUCUCUACUUGGCUACAGGAUGACGCUUGUUAUCAGGGUGCUCUUCUUGUGGCUGAGCAUAAGGAGCUGCGUGGGCCAGAGCGAAUCUGAUUCUGACACUGGGGAAUCCUACUCCGACUGGGGUCUUCGGCACAUCCGGGGCAGCUUCGAAUCAGUCAACAGCUAUUUUGAUUCCUUUCUGGAGCUGCUAGGAGGGAAGAACGGGGUUUGCCAGUACAGAUGCAGAUAUGGGAAGGCACCAAUGCCACGGCCUGGCUAUAAGCCACAGGAGCCCAAUGGCUGCAGCUCUUACUUCCUGGGUCUCAAGGUACCAGACAGUAUGGACUUGGGGAUCCCAGCGAUGACCAAAUGCUGCAACCAGCUGGAUUCCUGCUACGACACCUGCGGCGCCAACAAAUACCGCUGCGACGCCAAGUUCCGCUGGUGUCUCCACUCCAUCUGCUCGGAUCUCAAGCGUAGCCUCGGCUUCGUCUCCAAGGUGGCAGCUUGUGAUUCUAUCGCCGACACGAUAUUCAAUACCGUAUGGACCUUGGGCUGCCGGCCAUUCAUGAACAGUCAGAGGGCAGCCUGCCUCUGCGCUGAAGAGGAGAAGGAAGAGUUAUGAUUAAGCACUGGCUUCCCCCUGCCCUCCAGAGAGACCCCAUCUGCCUGGACCCCCCUCACAGGAGACAGUAAAAU